AUGCCGACCCAACCCAUAGGCUUCACAGGUCAAAUUACGAGCCUCAAUAUGAUUCCCCUGGUCUGUGUUGGAACCGUGUCUUCAGCUUUUGUUUACCUUCUCGGAACCAUUAUCUAUAACGUUUAUUUCCACUCUUUGCGCCGAUACCCUGGUCCCAAGCUCUGGGCUGCUACAAGGAUACCCUACACCCGUAGUAGUCUUUCAGGACAGGUUCAUCGUAGGAUUUUAGAGCUACAUCAGGAAUAUGGCCCUAUCGUCAGGAUUGCCCCCAAUGAGCUUGCAUACAAUCACCCCGACGCUUGGAAGGAUGUGCACGGUCACCUAAAGAACGGCACUGGCGAUCAUGGCAGAGAUCCUGUGUUCACUACGGACACCAGACAUAGCAUCAUUGGCGCGAACCGCGAGAACCACUCUCGUUUCCGCCGAGCGUUGUCACAUGGCUUUUCAGCUCAGUCGAUGUUCGACCAGGAGUCCAUUAUCGAAGGCUAUGUCGACCUGCUUAUUCGAAGGCUUCAUGAACAAUGUGCUGGGGAGCCUAAGGCUUUAAACAUGGUCUCGUGGUACAAUUGGACCACGUUCGACAUCAUCGGCGACUUGGCAUUUGGGGAGCCUUUCCAUUGUCUGGACGAAUCAGACUACCAUCCGUGGGUCAAGAUGAUCUUUGACGGCGUGAAGGCGGGUGCUUUUAACAUGAACGCACGAAGAUACCCCUUGAUUGAGAGACUUCUGAUGAACUUCGUGCCGGCCGAUCUACAAAAUCAGCGCGCUCAGCAUAUGGCACUUACCCAUGAAAAAGUCCAGAAACGACUUUCGGCCAACUUUGAGCGACCAGACUUUAUAGGUUCAAUGUUGCGAAAAAAAGGCCCUGGUGAACUCACUUUCGAAGAGUUAAAAUUCAACUCUUCAACCCUUAUCACCGCUGGCUCUGAAACUACUGCGACAGCCCUCUCGGCUAUUACGUACUACAUUUUGUCAAACACAGAUUCCCUGAAGAAGCUAAACGCCGAGGUUCGCAAUGCAUUUGCAUCCGAAGACGAUAUCGGCAUGGUAAGCGUGCAAAAGCUUGUUUAUAUGCAAGCUGUGAUCAACGAAGGCUUGCGCAUGUACCCUCCAGUACCGUCUGGAAUCGUGCGCAGAGUGACCGAUGACGGCGGAGUUUUCCUAGGCCAAUAUGUCCCCAGUGGCAAAUAUGAAACGCUAACACAUCCUGCAAGACACUUGUGCAAGUUUGGCACUGGCCUACAUACCAUAGCCCCCAAAACUUCACUCUUCCUGAUUCCUUCAUUCCUGAACGCUGGCUUGAUGACCCUCGUUUUGCAAGCGACAACAAGGAUGGGUUUCAACCUUUCACGGUUGGACCCAGAAAUUGCAUUGGAAGAAAGUGAGUAUCCUUCAUCGUGCUAUCCGUCCCAUGUACUGCUUUCAUUCGAUUGCCGUGCUAAUUUGAACCUUUCAUCAAGCUUGGCUUACGCGGAGAUGCGUCUAAUCCUUGCGAGAAUAAUCUGGAACUUUGACAUGGCGCUAGAUGAAGCCAGCAGAGGCUGGGAUGAGAAGAGCCAGGUUUAUCUGCUGUGGGAGAAGGGACCUGUGAAUGUCUUCCUCUCCCCCCGAACAAUUGGUCCAGAGCAUGUCACUGAGAAAUGA